UUUUUAAUAUAUUCAUUAGGCACUCCAUUUGAUCUGUUAAUGAAAUAUUUUGAAAAAUUUGGAAAUAAACCUGGUUGUUUUUUAGACAUAGUUCAUGUAAUUGAAUCACAUUCUAUGUCUGAUCAACAAAUAGAUGAACUUUUGGAGAAGAUUAGAAUAUCAUUAGAAGUUAAUGAAGAUGGAAAACUUAUCCUGCCAAGUGAUUCUCGGCAAAUGCAACGACAUUUAUGUUAUAUUCAGUUAAAACAUUGGCUUGGAGGACACGAUCAGUUUCUCCCUCAUCAGAGAUUACAUUUAGCCAAAGAUCUUUUAGAAAGAUAUUACCAUGGUCUUCAGUUUGGUAAGUUUCAAUAUGCUUUUUCCUCUGUAAUAAUAAUAUAGUUACAGUAAAAACAUAUUAACUCAGAUUGCAAGUAAAAGAUUUUUGAAUAUACUUUUAUUUUAUUUGAAUUAUUAUAUGUAAAUAUUCAAUCAUGUAAAAUCCACUUGUGCUUAAUGUGCAAAUUAUUACAAAUUAAACAAAAAUAAAAAAAAUAUAGAUUAAAUAUGCAAUUUCAAAGAUAUCAAUUGUUAUGGAUUUUUUGUAAUCAUUCCUAAUUUUCACUUAUUAUGGAAUUACACUUGCUUCUGAAAUUAUUACAGAUAAUCAAUUAAUUAAUGAGUGAUCUCCUACUGAAAAUUAUAGAUGCCUCAUUAUUUUGUACUCUGCUGAUCCUUUAAUUCACUGCAAAGUGCAUUUUAAGAAUACUCAAGAUGCCCUCAAGUAAUGAAAUAAUAUUACUUAAUGUAAAUUUUAAAUUAUUUUCAGAUUUAGGUUAAUUUCAGUUAACUGUUUAAAUUGGUAUGUUAUCUACUUGGGAGCAUUUGUUACUUUUGUUAUUUCAUGUUUCAGGAAUGUAUCAGUAAUAUAACUGAUACAUUCCUACAAAAUCAUAUCAGAGUACUGAAAAUGUCUUUAGAGGUUACCAUCUCUUAAUUUUAUUGUAACAUAAUUAUA